AUGCAUGUGGAAAAGCAGGAGAGCAUCGUCUUCGGGGACGAGGACUUGAGUGCUGACAUGGUGGAACAAAACGACCCUAUGGUCAUAAAGAUGGACAUUGCGAACUACCAGGUACAUAAGGUAUUAAUUGAUAAUGGCAGUUCUGUUGACAUUAUUUUUAGUGAUAUCCUCAGGAAAAUGGAUUUGGGGGAUGUGAAACUAAAGGCCGUACGAACACCCCUAGUUGGGUUCGGAGGGAACGAGGUCAUCCCAGAAGGUGUAAUCGAGCUGCCAGUGUCGCUAGGUGAGGAGCCCAAGAGGAAGACGUGCAUGAUCUCGUUCCUGGUCGUUGAUAGCCCAUUCGCGUAUAAUGUUGUAUUGGGACGACCAGGAUUGAACAAGUUUCGAGCAGUGGUAUCUACCUUCCAUCUGAAGAUGAAGUUCCCGACGCCACAGGGAAUCGGAGAAGUUAAAUGCGACCAACGGACAGCAAGGCAGUGCUAUAAUCUUGCUGUGAAGCAGGGAGAAUCAAAGAAAGAAAAAAGGAAGGAGGAGACAAACCGAGAGGCGGCAAAGAGAGGAAAGAUGGAAAGGAUUGAACCAUCGGGCGAGUAUAAGGAGGUGGAGUUGAUCUCUGGGAACUUUCAGAAAACGACCAGGAUUGGAUCGCAGAUGACUACAGAAAUGGAGACGAUGAUGAUCGACUUCUUACGGAGUAAUCAUGACCUAUUCGCGUGGAGCCCAUCAGAUUUUCAAGGUAUCAAUCCCGAGAUUAUUGUUCAUAGACUAAAUAUUGAUCCACAGGUCAAACCAGUGAAGCAGAAGAAGAGGGUUUUCGGGGUCGAGAGGAAUAAGAUAAUCGAAGAAGAGGUCGCCAAGUUGUUGCGUGCUGGCUUUGUUCGAGAAAUCCAGUACACGACCUGGCUAUCAAAUGUUGUGGUGGUCCCUAAAGCAGCAGGAAAAUGGAGGAUGUGCACGGACUACACGGACCUUAAUAAGGCAUGCCCUAAAGACCCAUACCCGCUGCCAAGGAUUGACCUGCUGGUGGAUUCAACGGCAGGAUGCGCACUCUUUAGUAUGAUGGACGCAUACCAAGGCUACCAUCAAAUUUUCAUGGCAAAGGAAGAUGCUGAAAAGACUGCGUUCGUAACCGAAAAGGGAGUAUACUGUUAUGAUGUAAUGCCAUUCGGGUUAAAGAACGCAGGAGCAACUUACCAAAGACUGGUAAAUCGCAUGUUCAAGGACCAUAUUGGGAACACGAUGGAAGUAUACGUGGAUGACAUGCUGGUCAAGAGUAAGAAGGAGGACGAUCACUUGACAAACUUGCGAACAGCUUUCGAUAUCAUGCGAUCAUAUGGAAUGAAGCUGAACCCGUCCAAGUGCACCUUCGGGGUGCGGGGUGGCAAGUUUCUGGGUUACAUGGUCAGCGAACGAGGCAUUGAAGCGAACCAGAAAAAAUCAAGGCAAUUAUGCAGCUAG